AUGCCACUCACGCCCCAGCAGUAUCUGGAGUGGUGGCUGACCAGCAGCCUUGAUGCCCUCAAGGGACUUAUGGACAGGGAAACAUUGGAGCUCGCCCCUCAGCACGCAGGGUUUGACACAUAUAUUGGCCGAAGACUGCGCAACUUUGACAAUAGUGUCCAACUUCGAGAAGCUCUACGCCUGCACGUGAAUCGUCAGUCGAUUCGCCAGGCUUCUGAUCUCUCGAGUAACCCGAGAAAUAAGCUGAGACAGCUCAUGCUGACCGUCUUCAAAAAGGCUGAAGAUGGAGGAGUGGAUCUCAAGGGAGUAAUGCAAGGACUUUUCGAGCUCAACAUGGUCGAGCUUCGGCGACGCAGACUUGUUGCUGAGACGCCUCUAACCUUCAAGCCCAAUCAUGCUGCCUUUGGGUCGGCUGCUAUGAUACAAGAGCUGAACAAGAAGGCUACGGAGAAGUUUGGUCAAUUUUACGUGGGAUUCAGAGCAUCCGCGAUGCUUGAAGAGUUUGCGCAGCAAAGGACUACCAGAAAGCCAUCUGUGGAGAUCAUGGCAGUUGCAAACGCCCUCUUCCCGGCUCAUGAUCUUUUGAAGAAUUCAGAAGACGUCAGUCUCGUUCCGUACUCGGACGCACACCUCAGUUCCAUACGAUUUGUGCUUUUCUGCCAUCUUAUGGGAGCAAAUCCAUCAGGCGAGAGGGCGCAACUCUUGAUUCAAGAGAAGAUGUUUCUAUGGUGCAGUAUGCCAAAAUACCAGCAGGCGUACAGGGCAUUUACACAGUACAUUGAAGAGUUCAAAACGAUCGAGACACUCUGUUUCAAUGUGUUACAGUUGGCAGAAAAUGCCUCUUCUCGUCGGAGAUCGGGAUCCAACAGAUCGUCCAUUACUCCCAACUCUGCUGUCAUGGUCAAAUCCAUUCUCAAGGGAUCGCCCCAAAGUCCUCGCGAGGUAGUAGAUCAAGUUAUUCUCAGGAGAUCUGUCUCUCCAGAGUUUGUGGCCUCAGCUCCUCCUGUCCCUAAUCCUCUACUCAAGGGAAUUCCAGGCCGAGAGGUAUCACCUUCCAAAACCGACGGAGCGGCUUUUGCUUUUGACGACCCAUCAGCGCCAAAGUUAAGAAUUGAACACACUUCCACCUUAUCCAAGACAGUCUUUGACCAGCACCCCCUUGCCAAAGAGUUGAGCCUUGACUCGCGAGAAAAGGCUCAGCUGGGACUUCUUCUCCCCAAGCAGAAAAACCGAGAAAAAGUUGGCGUAAAGUUUCUUGAUCCUGGCAAAAAGCUGAAGAGAAAGAAAACGCGCCUGUCAGCAAAGAAGGCGGCGAAGAAAGUUUUGAAAAAGACUGCGAAAAAGGACGAUAUUCCGCCCGUGCCUCCUACACCUGAUAUUCCUGAGUCGAUGAAGUCGACAAUCACAAGGAGUGGCCUCAAAUUUCUUCAGCGGAUGCGCUCGCAGCCAGAUAUUCAAUCUCGUGGAUCAAAUGGCUCCAAAUAUGCACAGUUUGCGGCGGUUUUUGCUAACAGCAACAAGUCGAAGUCGACUACCAAACUGGUCAAGCAGCCUGUUCGUUCCGCCUCUUCUCAAGAUCAAGCCCGUGAUAGUUUCUAUCAUCGAACUUCAUCCUUGCCCGAUAGAACUUCGUCCUUGCCUGAUUCGAACGUCCUAAGCGGUCAGUACAGCCUGUACAGUCAGCCUAAUCUUCGCACUCAAUCAGCAGAAAAUACAGCCACCAUGGGACAGCACGCGAGUGCCAUUGCACAGGGAGAGAGCUCGUCACCGCGGACUCCGCUGCCCAAGCCAGACGUGAAGUAUGACAUUUGCGAGCCGCGACUUUCGACCAUGGAAUACACAAGACUCUAUCUCGUCGAGGAAGCCAAUGCCAAGAAAGAGAAGCGCCUCUGCGAGCUGCCUCCUCCUAAGAAGGUCUGGCUUUGGGGUCCGCGCUGGGAAGAGUUCCUCGUAUUGCCAAAGAUUCCAGCCACUAUCAGACGUCGUUUUUCUCUUGAUUUUGAUAACGAAAAGAAAAAGUCGACGGCCUUUACACCUCUUGAUGAUGGAGAUUACGAUUCCGAUGCUGACUCCAUUGAGACGAUCAAGGGAAUAGGAUCAGUGUCUGCCAAACCUCCUCGAUUGUCGUUGAAUCUUGAGACCAUGGCAUCAACGCUUAGUUCUUUGAUGAAUUUGGCAUCUCUGGGAUCAUAUGACGCAGUGCCAGCUCCAAGUCAAGCGCAGCCUGCAGAAGUGACUGAGGCCGUCAACCAAGAAAACCCGAUUGUGGGCGCUGUGGCAUUCGCUAAUGUGGAACAAAACUGUGCACUGCCAACAGGCAAGGGCGAUUUGGCCCUGCCGCAGCCCUCAAUUGUUUCCGCUACGUCUACCGUCAAAGAUGAAGAUGACUUAUACUCAGAUGACCGCCAUAUGUGGCCCUCGCCAAUGAGCAAGCGAAGCAUCCGGCUUGUUCCAUCUUCACCAGUCGCUGAGGAGACGACAGAAAUUGUUCGUGAUGACAGCCAAAGCAUCGACAAUACGACUCCACAACUCAGUGAUGAUGCCUUUGAGACUUCAUCCAUCUAUUCGAAUGAUAGCGCCAAGACUGCCGUUUUUGUUGGCAAUGACAGCAAGGGAACUGAUAGCACUCCUCGGACUCCAGUGACAGCUCGCCUCCGUGAGCCACUGGCAACGCCCGACGAAGCAUCUCCCACACGACCUGGCCUUCCGUUUAGCUACAGCUGUGCUUCGAUCAACUCUGUGUCGUCUGAUCGGUCCCCGUUGACUCAUUUCCCCAUUUCUGCGGAACAAGGUUCGAGAGCAACGACGGAAGACAUGGUGCAGGGUGUUAUUACACAGUCAGGAGGUCGGCUUCGUUAUGAAGAAACCCGUCAAGUCCAGUUGGUGGAAAACAAACUUGAUGUCGAGAUCAAGGCUUCGUCCGCCGAUAUUUGGCAUACUGACGACUACAUGGAACCAGAUCUUCAGCCAGCUCCCCUAAAUCUAUCCAAGAAGCCGUCCGUUACAGGAUCGAGAAAUGCUGAAUCUGAAAUGCUUACGGGAUCCAUGCCAAGCGACGAUAUUCUUGCCCCUAUUCGACCUUUCAUAUACACGCCGAAGAGCGGAAGGUUUGCAAAGUACGCCAAUGACGAUUGGUAUGAGAGGCCGACGAAACCCUAUGAAUCCGGCUUUGUUCCUCUCCCUGGAUCCCUUCUUUAUGAAGCCGAGAAGAAUACAGAUUUCAAUAGGAUUUCGAAUAGCUCAAAGGCCAAAAGCACUAUUUCAGGCGUUAUUACCCCAUCGAAGCCGAGCCCUGCGAGAGAAUCUGUCCAGUCGCAAAAAGCUGCCUACGAGCCACGAGCAUCACACUCAAUGAAUGAAUUGCACACCACACCUGCUGCUGCAUCAACAUAUGAGUCUCUGAGCGAACUAGACGAGUUCUUCGGAGUCGGGCCUUAUGAGAAGGCGUUCUUGGAAAAAUAUCCAGAGGCAGCUAAGCCGUUCGUUCUUCCUCCCAAAGUGGAGGAGUCUCCAGCAUCGCCAGACUUUACAGGCCCUACCUACGCCGCACCACCGCUUCGUCGACGGGACUUGAGCAUACAACAGCACCGGGCUCUUCCGCUGAAUACAGUUGAACGCGUGCUGGAGAGGAAGCCUCGAAUUUCUACCAACGUUAGCAGCUUUGCGCUGCACAGAGCUCAGGGCAAUAAAGCCACAAUCCUGCCUACUCUCGAGGGAAGAAGCCGUGCAAACGCCGCGAAUACCCGCGGCCUCAAGAUCGACAUUGGCCAGGACCAGGAGUAUGAGGAUAGCAUUUCGGGAGAAUUUCCGCCGCAGCAUGCUGGGCUCGACGCCGGCCGUCGCUUUUCCUUCCAGCGGUAUGACAUUAGUACUCGCCGCCCUUCGUCUCAGGCUCGACCCAGCACGUUUCUUGAGCCUCCUUCGCCAGUUUCGCCCUGUGAGAAUGUUGUUGCAGCUGCUGAAGCCAAGAAGAUUACUAAUGCCCCAACCUCGACGCUUGGAAACCUCUUCCGAAGGCGCAAUCGGAACCGUAAUGUAAGACAACCGCAGGCCCUGCAGACUCAACAAGUCCCUGCCCCUAUUGCCACACCACCGGCCAACUCGCUGUCUUCUCCUACGCCGGUUCGCACGGCCAAGGCAGCAGCAUCAACCUUGACCAGAGGUAAUCGCCCAUCCUGGAAGGGUUGA